AUGUCGAAACGACUUUUCCCUUUUUUGCUAAUUAAUUAUCUAUGCUUUGCGGAAGCUAUAAAACAAAAUUUCUAUUCCGUUUCUCAUCCCUGUGUUGACCGCUGUAUUCAAUGGACGAGUGAACAGAAAAGUGAUUCCUCUGCCGUUUCCAUAUAUUGCAAUACAUUGAUUCCUUGUCUAAAAACAUGCACAGAGCAAUUGGAUUUGUUAGCGCCAAUAGACAGCGAAUAUGCUUCUUUUAACGAGCCAAUUUGUGCAAAAAUUAAAGAGCUCACCUAUCUGGAAGAGUGUCUCAAGAAACUCGAUGUCAGUCAUUGCGCUCAUGAAUGCAAUACAACCGAGGAUGACUUUAGUAUCCACCUGGAGUGGCGGAGCAGAAUCAAUUUUGAACCCAAGUUGUGUACGUUACGUUGUCUACAUCCCAGCUAUGAAAAUUAUUGUGGACGCGGUACAACUAUGAAAAUAUUAGACUUCUAUGAGUUAGUGCUUGACACUCAAAAGAAGCGGUUUAAUCUCUCAGACGUUCAUUAUUCAGAAUUUGCGAGAAUUAAGAAUGAACUUCCUAUAAGUGUUAGGAAUGCGAAUAUCAUAGGAGAAAUGAAAAACGCCGCUUUUGCUCUUUUCUCUCUACCCUGUAUAACUUGCUUAUUAUCUUUUUUCCGGAUGUAA